GCACUAGGAGGAAAGCAAGUUAUAUACUUUGAAUCGUUUAAACAAAUAGCUAAACGAGAAACAUUUGAAGAAACAGGAAUAGAAAUACCUUUUAGCAAAUUAACAGAAGUUAUAUAUAGUUAUUAUUCAGAAAAAAAUAUUGAAAUAAAAACAUUUAUUUACAAGAACAGAACACAAUAUCCACAAAUUCUCAAACCUGAAAAUCAUACAACGUGGAAAUUUUAUACCAAGAAACAAGUACAACAAUUACCAGAAUUAACUACAAUAGAAACACUGUUAAAAAGACUUAACCCAACCAAUAAUUACAGACUAGGAUUAAUAUUAGUACUACUACAAGUAGCAAAUAAAGCAGCUGACUAUAUUACGCAACCAGAAAGAGAACCAAGAUCAUUUUCUAAAAAAACAGUUCUAGAACAAGAAGAAACAGCAUUACAAAUAUCUGAUUACUUCAAUUAUUUCGAAGUGACACUAUCAGGAAUUUGUAAACAUUUUGAUAUAGAAAAUGCUGAUAACAAUUAUAUUCCAAACCCAAUAGGACACAUAUUAUAUAAA